AUGCCUCUAGAUUUUUGGAAAAAAGUAUUAUGGUCGGAUGAGAGCACAUUUGAAUUAUUCGGACAAAAACGACGGUCUAAGAUAUGGCGAAAAACUGGUGAAGCUCUCAAAGAAGUAAAUAUUCAAAAGACUAUAAAAUAUGGAAGUGGCAUACGUGCUGGCCCAACAUCCGUGCACAAGGACACAUCGAAUGUCAACAAUCCUUCACUUACGUUAUCUCCUAGCAACUUGAUAUCCAUACAUCCCAGUUCCUUCACCUCACACAGAUCUUCGUCCCUGACCACUGUCCGAAACGGGUGGUUCCUCAACCUAUCCUCUGUGUCCAUUCCAACAGACAUACAGUGUUUCCUACAACUAGGUGAGAACUUCGCUCUUCCACUAAACGAUAAACGUAAGAUUAUUUUCGAUUGCAUUAAGAGUGUUGAAACUGGUGUGCAUCGCAUGCCGAUCGAAAAUAGGAUCGCGAUCACCAACCACUCCAUUCCAAUUCUUAACGGCAUCAUUUCCUCUCCAAUCACAACAUCUCCGAUUGAUAAAUUAUUGUUAAGAAUGGAAUCGAAGACACGCGCCUUUUUGUCGGAGCAUACCAAUGUCCUUUUCACACACGCAGAUAAGGGCAAUGUCACAGUCGCUUUAGACAGAGAGGUCUACAUGGAAAAGAUGAUCACUCUGCUGAAUGACAAGGACACAUACUCUCUUAUCAAUAAAGAUCCCAUCAGGAAAAUCACGACAGCGAUAAGGUCCAUGCUCACCAGAUGGAAGACGAAGAAGUAUAUUAGCGAAACAAAAUACAAGACCUUAUAUUGUAGUGACGGAUCACUUCCGAGAGCUUAUGGUGUGCCGAAAAUACAUAAACCUUGUUGCCCUUUGAGGGUCAUUGUCUCUUCGUUGGGCAGUCCGCUCUAUCCACUGGCGACAUUCUUACACAAUAUAUUAAUUAAAUCCAUUCCUAAAGCAAAGAGUCAUAUAAAAAAUAGUUUCGAACUUGUUGAGAAACUAAAAAGAUUACACACUACAGACCAAUAUAAAUUAAUCUCACUGGACGUAAAAUCUCUGUUCACGAAUGUUCCGGUGGAUAUAGCCAUAGACUGCAUCAAUGAACAUUGGAUGUAUGUUGCCGGAGACUGUCCUCUACCUAGGGAGGAGUUUGUGGGGGCAAUAAGAUACGUGGAUGAUAUUUGUACUGCGGUUGAACCAUCAAGAAUUGACUCAAUAGUAGAACAAUUUAACUCGUUCCAUCCACGAUUACAAUUCACUUCUGAAUUUGGGGGUGAUGAAAUUAAUUUCCUGGAUGUGACUAUAUCGAUCAUUGGAAACGGGUUUGGAGUUGAUUGGUACC